AUGCAUUCCCGCAACUCAUCAAACGCUUCUGACAACUACUCACCUCUAACCCAAUCUUCUUCAUUUCACGAACACGCACGCCACUCCAGCUCUAGCUCUUCAUCUCUGGCCACGACUCCUCCAAAGCACGAACCUAGCAUCGAAUCACUGAACAACCGUGUCUCGAGGACAACUCUUCACGAUCUCGUCGAGGACCCUCACGAGAGGGAGGACGGAUUUGAUCUCUGUGACUCCGCUUUUGAGUCCAACUGCAAAUGUGGCCUCGAGCAAACUCAUUCUAACCAUGACAUCUACCAUCUGAGCGAAGCUGAAUUGGAUCCUCGUCUCUGUCAAUCUGCAUCCGCAUUGGAACGACCCAGUCUGGACCUGGAUUACUCUCUCGCAGAUGGACCAAGCGAGUUCAACAGCGACAGCGAAACUCCUCUGAAGGUGGCCAAGACUAGGUCCAGAGCAAACUCUAGCGAGUCAUCCGUUACUGGUCUGGCUUCUCGUGUGGGCAGCCGUUUGUCAUCUUUCUCAAAGCGCCGUGAUAGAACGCCAACCUCUCCUCCUACCAUGGCUACUCGCCGACUCAGUACCAAGAGUGCUCCGGUCUCUCGCGUGCCGUCACGUGCUCCGUCUUUCCGUAUGUCUGCUGUAGCCAGCCCAGUCCUUACCCCUCUUGAUGUCGAAGCCGAGUCGACUCCAACACCAACUCCUGCCAAUCUUGCUGUCGAAGCUACCAAUCCUCUGGAUAUCCAGUUACCUCAAGCACAUGAGCCAAUUGAUCGCAAGGCCCUGGCAUCUACCCCUCUCCUUCCCAUCCCUAUCCCUGAGCAUAUUGAUGAAGACGCAAUUCAAUCACCAUUGCAGUCUCCAACUGUCAUCGACAACGCUCAAGUAGCUCGCUUGUCCAUGAUCGGUCCAUCGCUCUCCAGCCCAGUCCUACCUGAGAUGGCCAUGGUCGCACCUUCUCUCUCGGCGCAUGCUUCUACCGCUUCACUGGGCGCAAUACAUUCUAGCCAAGUCAUGUCUUCUCCGGACAUCUCUUCAAUGCACAUUGUCAGUCCUCAAGACAAGUGGGCAACCAAACUUGGACAUGCCAACUUUAGCGUUUUCCCAGAACCAUAUCUGCCAGAAACUUACAACAUCCACGCUUGCCGCAAGCUCUUUGAGGACUGGGAAUCGGCUCGCAGACAGUUCAUGCAUCAAGCAGCUCGUACGAGUGAACACUAUGGACCAACUUCGCAGGUGUACAAGUACACGGAGAAGAAAUGGGCCGAGAUUGAUGCGCAAUGGAAGAGAAACCAUGAACUGGUGGUUGCCAAAACAGCUGCAAAUGGCGAGACACCAGUCUUCCAACCUCUGGCAGAGCCAGCACCUCUUACAGAUCUGCCAGCUCUAGAUGAUCCCUUGAAAUUCCCCAAACUUGAAGGUUCGGAUAUCGUCGGACCGAUGGUCAAGUACGCAAAGAUCAAGCAAAAGUCGUCUUCGAAGAAAUCGGCAUUCCUCAAGUUCUUCAACAGUGUGCGAACACCAGGUAACACACUAGGCCGCACACCGACUGGCCUCGGUCUGUGA